CUGCCCCCGCCCUGGCGCUUCCGGCGGGGCAGCUCGCGGGUGGCGGGGCGGCUCCGCUAUGGGGAAGAAGCACAAGAAACACAAAGCGGAGAAGGCGGAGUGGCGCUCGGCCUCCGCCACCGCAUAUGGCGAUUAUGUGGAUAAGCCUUUGGAAAAACCUUUAAAGCUGGUCCUUAAAGUUGGAGGAAGUGAGGUGACUGAACUUUCUGGAUCGGGGCAUGAUUCUAGUUACUAUGAUGACAGAUCAGAUCACGAGCGAGAACGACAUAAAGAAAAGAAGAAGAAAAAGAAAAAAAAGUCUGAGAAGGAAAAGGAAAAGCAUCUAGACGAUGAGGAACGAAGAAAGAGAAAGGAAGAGAAAAAGAGGAAAAGGGAGAAAGAACAGUGUGACACUGAAGGAGAAACUGAUGAUUUUGAUCCUGGGAAAAAAGUGGAGGUUGAACCUCCUCCGGAUCGUCCUGUCAGAGCAUGCAGAACUCAGCCGACUGAAAAUGAGAGCACACCAAUCCAGCAAUUACUAGAACAUUUCCUUCGCCAGCUUCAAAGGAAAGAUCCUCAUGGGUUUUUUGCUUUUCCAGUCACGGAUGCCAUUGCUCCUGGAUAUUCCAUGAUAAUAAAGCACCCUAUGGAUUUUGGUACGAUGAAGGAAAAAAUUGCAGCAAAUGAAUACAAAUCAGUCACUGAAUUCAAGGCAGAUUUUAAACUGAUGUGUGAUAAUGCAAUGACUUACAACAGGCCAGAUACUGUUUACUACAAGCUAGCUAAGAAGAUACUGCACACAGGCUUUAAGAUGAUGAGCAAAGAACGGCUGUUAGCUUUGAAGCGCAGCAUGUCGUUUAUGCAGGACAUGGAUUUUUCUCAGCAGGCAGCUCUUUUGGGUGAUGAAGACACAGCAGUUGAGGAACCUGUCCCUGAAGUUGUUCCUGUACAAGCAGAGACUACCAAGAAAUCCAGAAAGCAAAAUAAAGAAGUUAUUAGCAAAACUUUCGUGUGUAUUGGAUCUGAAUCUCUAUAUAGAGAGAAAUUCUUAGCUAAGCAAAUGGAAGAAGAUACUCCAGGAGAGAGAAAUGGAUUUGGUGGGAGGAGAUGCUCUACCCAGUACCUAAGUUGCAUAUUUGAACCCGAGGGAAAUGCGUGCAGCCUGACAGAUAGCACAGCUGAAGAGCAUGUCCUGGCUCUAGUGGAACAUGCAGCAGAUGAAGCUCGGGAUAGGAUCAAUCAAUAUCUACCCAACAGCAAGAUUGGUUAUCUGAAAAAAAAUGGAGAUGGAACUUUAUUAUUUAGUGUAGUAAAUUCAUCUGAUCCUGAAGCAGAAGAAGAGACUCACCCAGUGGAUCUGAGUUCACUGUCAAGCAAAUUAUUACCUGGCUUCACUACACUGGGCUUUAAAGAUGAACGAAGAAAUAAAGUAACAUUUCUAACAAGUGCUAAUACAGCUCCUUCCAUGCAAAACAACUCUCUAUUUCAUGAUUUGAAAUCGGAUGAAAUGGAACUCUUGUACUCCGCCUAUGGUGAUGAAACUGGGAUACAGUGUGCCUUAAGCUUACAAGAAUUCGUGAAGGACGCUGGAAAUUACAGCAAGAAAAUAGUAGAUGAUCUUCUGGACCAGAUUACUAGUGGAGAUCACUCAAAAACUAUUUAUCAGCUAAAGCAGAGGCGAAAUAUCCCAGUAAAAUCAUUGGAUGAAGUUAAAGUUUCUAUGCAAACAUCGCAAAACAUGAUAAUGUUCUGCAGUGGCCUAGGAUCUGAUCAUGGAAAACCGGUUCUGCCAGUUCUCAUAAAAGAAGAACACAAGUUGUGUAAUACCUGUCCAGAUUCUUCCAAACAGAUUAUGAUUGGAGAAUCUGCUGGAGACAGUAACACUUCUGACUUGGACUUCCUCUCUAUGAAACCAUAUUCAGAUGUAUCUCUUGAUAUUUCUAUGUUAAGUUCAUUAGGGAAAGUUAAGAAGGAGCUUGAUCAUGAUGAUAACCAUUUACAUCUGGAUGAAACAACUAAGCUGCUGCAGGACCUUCACGAAGCUCAGGCUGACAGAGUGGGAUCCCGGCCAUCAUCCAAUCUGAGUUCACUUUCCAAUACCUCUGAAAGAGACCAACAUCAUCUUGGAAGCCCUUCUCAUCUGAGUGUUGGAGAACAGCAAGACAUGGUUCAUGAUCCCUAUGAAUUUCUUCAGUCUCCAGAAACCUCAAAUGCCACUACUAACUAAUCUGAUAUGUACUAUAUAUAUUUUUUAUUUUAAUUAUAUUAUGUUUUUAUAAAGUUUUUGUCCAUGGCAGAAACCUCCAUUUUGUCCUCUUUUCUAUGAGGAUUCCUGUAUAAUAUUAUCAUGUAUGCUGGAUUAAACAACAACAAAAAAUAUUUAGUACAUCAUGUUUUUAGCAAUGUACCAAAGCCUGCUUUUGAUUUGUUUGUUGAAGGUCGUUGUCUGCUGGUGUGUGAAUCUUGACUGAAAAAACCCAAAAUAAUGUGUUAGAAAAAUUUGUAUCUUACAGAAGCUAAAAAGUGAUGAUUUUCCCAAUAUCAUGGCAGUUAUUAAAUGUUUCUAGUAGAAUUACCUGCCAGUUCUGUUCAGGUCUUUACUUGAACAUAUUCAAGGAGGAAUAUUUUAUUUCAACAGUGACAGAACUACAUGAACUGUGAAUAUUAUGCUUCCCAUCUUCUAACCCUAAUAAUUUGUAAAAGAUAUUUCUGUUUCCCCAUUUUUUAAAAACCUUUUUUAAUCACUCUAGAGAGUACCUAAUUUGAAGGUAACAAUACUUUGUAGUUGCAUUGAAAUGCUCACUACAAGAAUUCUACCCCGAAUCUAGAAAAGGUUAAUGCUAUUGUGAUCCAUUGUGUCUUGAAACGCAAAGAAAAUACAAUACUUAUAUUUUUUUCAUUUGAUAUGUUUAUUUACUUGGAUGGAAAAAAUACUGGAUAAGUUGUGCUUUUCAGUAAUUUUAAAAUAAACUUUUGUAAUUCUGUACUGAUGUAACUUGGCAAUUUUGUACUAUUGACAUGUGCAAGCUUGACAAAUAGUAUGAAUUUACAAUAUUUUGUAAAUACUAAUAAAAAUACAGAACUACUUUUGGUGUUUGCAAAUACCAUGUUCUUGACAAGAAAAAAUUUGCUUCCUUAUCUUUACUAAAUCUGAAAUACUAGGAGGUUUUGGUAUGAUUUUUUUUUCUGCUGCUUCAAAUGAAAUUUCAUCGUGCCCAUGUGUAGCUGUAAACAAAACUGACUGAAUUUCUAGGAACCAACAAGGAAGUCUAUCAUAUAACUGACAUCUGAUAUCAAGGUCUUGAUAAAGUCUGAAUGGGAAGAUCUGUUCAUUCAAACUAGAUAUUUGUGGCCUGUAUUGUUUCCCAGCCCUCUGAGAUACCUCUUCCCAGCCCCUCCCCCACCCAUCUUCUUAGGGAUAUCUGUUUUCUCUUUGACUAUUAAAGGUACUUGCACAUUCAGUCAGCUG